AAAACAAUGAAACCUAAAAAUUCAAAAAUUUUAAAACGUAAAAGACUAAAACAUAUAUGAGGUUUGUUACUUUGGAAAAUUUACUAGAGCAGCUGGUGGAAUUAGGGAUGGAAACACAAUGAAAAAUGAUUAGUAGAUUGAUUUGUCUAGUGUUGAUGCUGCUCGUUUCAACAACUAAUACGAAUAGAACCUUUUCAACAACGAAACAUGUGAAAAUUGAUUUACGCAACAAAAUGAGCGAUGGAUUUCUAGUCGAUUGCUCAAGUAUGUUAUUUGAAACAGUGUAUACUAUUGGUAUGGAUGUGGACUCCAUUAUUAAUGCAUUCGCUAAAUUAAAAUAUCGUCGUGUACAAUUUACAUUGUAAAAAAAUUAUAAUCAUUAUAUUUUUUUACUAUUCUAAUUUUCUAAUAAAAUGCGGCCCAGUGCCCUUCUGUGUUCUGGAUCCGCCGCUGCUAUCAAUACUAACAGUCAAUCAUUUUCACCGUUAAUGAUUCAUCCAAAAACUGCGGAAGGUCAGACAUUUUCACCAUUAAUCACUUUUGGCCCUACAGGCUUUGAUAAGUUGGGACUCAUCAAGUACUGGAGAACAUUGAUGAUUAAAACUAUUUGCAACUAAUCAAAGUAUAAGUAUGUGUUAUACAAUUCCCAUUGUGUAAUGUACUCAUGUACAAGUACACAAUAAUAAUGUAUGUGUUGACAGCCGUAGUUGUUCAAAAAAUAAUUGUCUCACCGCAAUACUUAUAUAAAUAUUUUCGGGAAAUAAUAGAGACCGAAAUAAUAAAUAAUUUAAUUAAAUAAAAUAGACAAGUUGGGCUUUUUACCGUUACAGUGAAACCAGGCCACGUAGGAUACUCUUGGUUAUUUAUUCAUCCCAGAGGCAUCUAAUUCCUUUGUCGUUUUCCCUCUCCAAUCUCUUUCCACUGACUUUUAUUUUAUUUUCGAGGCACCUACUUUAUAUUUCCUCUUUGUUCUAUACUUUUUUUCUUCCAUUUAAUUUCCUGUCCUUUUUAUUGUAAAAAAAAAAAAAAAAAAUAGUUUGUUUCCUUGGCCAUUGCCAUAACUAGGGUCCCCGUCCCUUCCAUAUGUGCGGCUCACCUCCAUCGAUCCCUUCCUAGUUUCAUCCACUAUAAACUGCUUCCCAACUGUCGCCCUCUGUUUUUUUCCCUUCUUCGCUCACCGCCGUCAUCCUUCGCAUCUCUCUUUUCUCCCCUUCUUCUUCCCGUCACUUCGCUCAGUUGACCCAAAUGAAGCGAUCUGUAUAUGGUUAAUUGUUUCGCCGGCGGGUAAUCGAUAAAAGGUUCCUCCUUCCCCUAUUUCUCGUCUUCUCGGAUCGUUCCGCCGGAAGACACGCUUACUUUUCUUUCUAUUCCUUCUCAGCUGAGAUUAGAUUUAGAUAAAUCGUCCCCCUUUUUUCUUUUCUUUUUCUUUGGGGUUGUUUCGUUUCUCUUUCUUCUCUAAAUUUUCUUUCGAUUGCAUGAUGUAGAGUGGACAGCUGUGGUUGUUCAGCCAUGGAAAUUUGUGGGUUUUGGGAGAUACGGAUUGGGUUCUUUCUCAAUUUGCCCAAUUCGAUUGGGAUUCGAUGGAGCAGCUCAUAGCCACUUUUAUAGAAAGUUCGAAUUUUGUUCGGAUUUCCAUCUCUGUCUGUAAUUCGAAAAUUUACCUUUUCUUACUCACGGAGAUUGAAGAAAUAGAAAUCCCCAUUCACUCCUCGUCCAGAGACAGAGUAUCGGCUUUCAUCUUACUGACAAACUAAAGAAACGCCGAAUUUGUUCUUCCCCUGUUCUUCCCCUGGAGAUGGAGAAUAACGGGAAAGUCAACAGAGCGAGCUGCUGCAGCGAGAGCGGCGGCGGUGGCGGCGCGUACAUGGCCGACGUUGUUCUGGGCUGCGUGAUGCCGUACAUCCACGACGCCCGUGAUAGGGACGCGGUGUCACUGGUCUGCCGGAGGUGGUAUGAGCUAGACGCUCUGACCCGUAAACACAUCACGAUUGCGCUCUGCUACACGACGAGCCCAGAUCGGCUCCGCCGGCGGUUCAAGCACCUCGAGUCGCUGAAGCUGAAGGGGAAGCCCCGGGCGGCCAUGUUCAAUCUGAUACCGGAGAAUUGGGGCGGAUACGUUACCCCGUGGGUGAAGGAAAUCGCCGAAUCGUUUACCUGCUUGAAAUCGGUUCACUUCAGGAGGAUGAUUGUGACGGAUUCGGAUCUGGAGCUUCUCGCCAGGUCUCGUGGGAAGGCCUUGCAGCACUUGAAGCUCGACAAGUGCUCUGAUUUAUCCACCGAUGGGCUUCUUCAGGUGGCUCGAUUGUGCAGGCAACUGAAGACUUUGUUUUUGGAAGAGAGCAUUAUCUUGGAGAAAGAUGGUGACUGGCUACAUGAGCUUGCUACACAUAAUACCGUACUUGAGAGCCUAAACUUCUACAUGAUAGACCUCACCAAGCUAAGGGUUGAAGACCUUGAGCUCCUAGCCAAAAACUGCCGGUCCUUGAUCUCUGUAAAGAUAAAUGAUUGUGAAAUCCUAGAUCUCAUUGGCUUCUUUCGAGCUGCUACUUCUUUGGAAGAAUUCUGUGGUGGUUCUUUUUCUGAUUUACCUGAAGAUGAUGUACCAGACAGGUACUCUGCUGUAACUUUCCCCCCUAAACUAUGCCGGUUGGGUCUAACCUACAUGGGAAAGAAAGAAAUGGCCAUAGUAUUUCCAUUUGCUCCUAUUCUCAAAAGGUUGGACCUCCUUUAUGCAUUGCUCGACACAGAGGAUCACUGUCUUUUGAUUCAGAAGUGCGCCAAUCUGGAAAUCCUUGAGACAAGAAAUGUGAUUGGAGAUAGAGGGCUGGAAGUUCUUGCAAGGAGUUGUAAGAAAUUAAAGAGGCUUAGAAUCGAGCGUGGUGCAGAUGACCAAGGACCAGAGGAUGAAGAAGGUGUGGUUUCACAAAGAGGACUAAUCGCUCUCUCCCAGGGCUGCCUAGAACUCGAGUACUUGGCUGUCUAUGUCUCUGACAUCUCAAAUGAAGCUCUCGAGUCACUUGGCACCUACUCAAAGAACCUCAAUGACUUCCGCCUGGUCCUUCUAGAUAGAGAGGAGAGAAUAGCUGAUCUGCCACUCGACAAUGGAGUUCGGGCACUAUUGAGGGGCUGUGACAAGCUCAGGAGAUUCGGUCUGUAUCUAAGACAGGGUGGGUUAACUGAUUUGGGAAUGAGCUAUGUGGGGCAGUAUAGCACAAACGUGACGUGGAUGCUACUGGGUUAUGUUGGGAAUAGUGAUGAGGGUCUUCUGGCUUUCGCCCGUGGAUGCCCUAGCCUGCAGAAGCUGGAGAUGAGAGGAUGCUGCUUCAGCGAAGGUGCACUGGCUAGAGCUGUACUCCAACUGGGAUCUCUUAGGUACCUGUGGGUGCAGGGUUACCGAGCAUCACAGCACGGAAGGGAUCUUCUAGCAAUGACUCGCCCGUUCUGGAACAUCGAGCUGAUUCCUCCGAGGAAAAUAGUCAUCCCGAGUCAGGAUGGAGAGACUGUGAUCGAGCAUCCUGCACAAAUACUUGCUUACUACUCUCUUGCUGGGCCGAGAUCGGAUUUUCCUGAUACCGUUAUCCCCUUGGACCCAGUAACCUAGCUUUGGUUUUCAAGUUGUUGUAUAUUAGAGAUAUGAGUCAGCAACCAGUGUCUAUAGUUUCAUCCAACCUUCAUGUUUCUACAUUGAUCUGUUGUUUAACUGUCCGUUUUCUUCUUCUUGGUGUCUGGGUUUUAGAACUUUAGAUGUUCUGGUUAGAGACACACCCUUCUGUCUGUACUAAUAAGGCCCUGCUCUUCUUAUGUGUUUAUGCAACAUGUGUAAUUGGGUGUAAAAGAGCACUUGAAAUUGUAUUUGAGAGUUGUUACUGAGACAAAAGACCAGAAUCUGGAGUUUGAUGAAAUUAUAUCAGACAUGGUAGCAUGGCAUGUUUCUGAGUUUGAUGAAAUUACAACGAUUGACAGAUUCAUUAUACUGUGCUUUUCUUUUGGGUUCAUAAGUUGACCGAAUCAGUCUUUCAGAUGUGAUUAACUGGGCUGGGCCUUCGAAACCAAUGGACAGAAAGCCCAAACUGAAAUGACUUUCGUACUUACUUUAAUCAACAAACUAGGAAGGAGGCACCAGAAACCCAAAAGGCCCAAUCCGUGUCGCUUCCAAGUUCCAUCUCUCUUUUUGUUUUAUCGAAUGAUUUUCUUUCUCCUUCAUUUCGACGCCAUGGUUCCCUUUUGUAUUUCUCUUUCUUUCUUUCUUUCUUCGUGUCCACUCUGUCUGAGGUGGGUGUUCUUUUGGUGCUUGCUUAGGCCACCUUUACACAGUCCAAUUAUCUUGUCUGGGCUGAAAAUAGGAGCUAUGACAGGGAAGGAUCGAUGAACAAAACCUUUAAUUACAAUAUCAUUAAAACCUUGUCCUAUAUCCAUGUUUAUGAAUUGUUUCUAAUCUCUUGUGGUUUGUGGGAACAAGAGAAAAGGAAAUGGGGAUGGGAGUAAAAGGUGGAGGAUAGAUAUCAUACAUCAUGCUCCAACAAACAUGGUUUGGUUAGAUGUUUUGGGCUAAAAAAUAACCACAGAGUGGUAUGGAAAAGUUACCUUACACUCUGAAAAAUUCUAGGUAAAAUGUCUAUAGUCUACUACUAUGAUUAUGAGUUAUAGAGAAGUUAAGUAAUUAAAUAAAGUGCUUUAAUUUUAGGUUGAAUAUGUCUAGUCUUCUUCAUUCAUCUCUUUGUAAGAAACCCCUUGUUCUCCAACUCAUAAUUAAAAGAUCGUUUCAUGUGUAGCUGUUUAAAAGUUGUUAACUUUAUCGUGUGCGAGACAUGUUGUAUAAAUCAAAAAUCAAUUUUGCAUUGUGCAUAAGAAGAUCAUUACAACUUGCUCAGACCGCAACAUCGUACAACUUCAAAGUUGGAUCUGCGUUUGUUACACAACUCGGUCAUGUCAGCAUGUUAUGUAAUUCCAAAUUUAGAUAUCUUUAAUCUACGCUUUUUCCCCAUAUGGUACAAUCUUGGCCAUAUCCUGUUUUUGUAGAAUAAUAAACAUGUAGCUAACCACAUGUUGUUCAUACAUAUAGCCCAUUUUUACAUUUGAUGAUGCAUGUUUUACAUUUUGAUCGUAUCACGCAAACUUAGCCAUGUUAUAGAGAAUUGUACGCAUCGUUUGAUUUGACCAUGCAUUGUACAACUUUGAAUAUGGAGUUAAACACGCCUGUCAACUUACACCUCAGACAUGUCGUAUAACUUGGCAACGAGCUUCAUGCCUCGACGAUCUUCUUGGCAUCUUGAUUGAGUAGGUUAAGGGGGAGAAAGGGAAGAAGUUGAAGUGAGAGAUGGGUUUUGGAACAUGGAUGUGGAAGAGAUGAAGCACUUGGAAAGGGAGAGGGUUCGAUCGAGCAGUUGAUCCUAUAUGUAUCAGUUCGACCACCCCACCACAUAUAUAACUUCUAGCUAGGUCCAUUCAUUCACAUGCCAAAGUAACUACAUUAAUCAUAUCUAGCCUCUUAACGUAAUAUUUGCUUAAUUAACUUACUUGACACAACUUUAUACACUACACGUUUUGAGUAUUUUGAUUUGUAAAGUAAUUGAUCAGUAUUAUUGUUGAGACAGAAUAUUCGAAAAUAGAAGUGGAAGAAAGAUGGGCCAGAAAAUACAAAAUAAAAGGUUUGGAUGACGUCAGUAAUAAUGGCCUUUCUUUUCAUUCUCCAUUACAUAUGAUAUGAUAUGAUACGAUGAAUGUGUAUAUAUAGAGUGGCAAAUUAAAAGAUGGCUUCCUCAUGCUGGCUGUCAUCCAACUUGGAGUACGAAGCAAUAUAAUCAUAAUAUUAUUAUUCAGAUGGAAAUAAAAUAAUAACUAAAUAACUUGAUUUUUACAGAAAUGUUCGGAUUGAAAAAAAAAAGACUAAAAAAUGGAUUUAGCAAAACAAAACAACUCGAUGUGGUUGGGUUUUUUUAUGCUAAUUAAUAACAGUUUUUAUGAAAAGAAUUAUCAAAAAAUUUAUUAAUAAAGUGGUCUGAAAACUUAUUUACGUAAUUGAUGAAUGAUGAUGAUGAUGGUGGUGGUUUUAUUAGCUAAGCUAUCACAAGAAAGAAAGAAAGCCCACAAAGUGUGCAAAGCAAAGCAGGUUAUUAUUAAUAAAAAGUGCCAAACUAGUGACGUCACACCAUUAUGUGUUGUUAUUCAUUCUGUAUUUUGUUUUUAUCCCCUUUUUGAACGAAUGACAGAUCUGCUGGGAAAGAAGAAGUUGGUUGGGUCGACCAAGCUUAGCUUGCUUCUUGAUAAUCAUUACCAAACAAUAAUAUUAAUUAACUCAAAUCCAGACUAGUGUUUGUUACCGACUUCCCGUGAAUGAGAUGUUUUCGCAGAAUCCAUGUAAACAUAAUCCACGUACUGAGCACUCCCCCCAAACAACAAGCUUGCUGUAGCAUGUGUUUUCAGCUCUUUAAUUAAUAUUCGAUAUGUAUGAUUUUGACCGAUAUUCUUAACACUUGAUUAAUACAUUUUAAUGAGAAUU